AUGAAUGGGGCGCCGAGCCGGGCUGUGGGCUUACUGCGGCCCGCGCUAUUCAUGGCGGUAUUGACUGGAUGUAUAUGCGUGUGUCUUCUUUCGUUUGCCUUUCUUCCGCACAUGCUGCACAUGCGCAUGGAAUGCCGCAUGUCGCGCAUGUAUCCGGCGUAUGAGGACCACAGCGAGCAGCUCCGCGAUUACACGCGCUCAUCAUCCCCCGUGAUGAAAAAGUAUUCUCUGCGAGAGUAUCGAGAAAUGAAUGCGUAUAUGCUGAAUCCAUUGUAUGAUCGUCCUCUUUCUCCUAUACCCGUCCUUUUUAUUCCUGGCAACGCGGGGAGUUUCGCACAGGUGCGCAGUAUGGCAUCAAGUGCGUUUUAUCAGUACUGGAAUAGAUGGUUCGAAGUACCAAGUGAUGAUAUGCAGGAUGUGCCUGGACCCACGGCCUGGUUCUCUAUUGAUUUUAACGAGGACUUUUCGGCUUUUCACGGCAAGACGCUUGAGGACCAAGCGUACUAUGUGAAUGAGGUGGUACGGUAUCUUCGUGCCAUGUAUUCCAGACAAGGCAAUAUGAGUGUCGGAAUCGUGGGCCAUAGUAUGGGCGGCAUCGUGGCACGCCUUGCCUUGACGCUCCCUAACGCCGAGCCGUCCAGUAUCGAUACGAUCGUGACACUUUCUACGCCCCAUGCAUUCCCACCCGUCCCGUUCGAGCGUUCCAUGGAGCAAGUGUAUACGCGAAUUAAUGCUUACAAGAACGAUACCAUGCCACUGAUCGUCUCGAUUGCUGGAGGCAUACUUGACACGCAACUUUCCUCAGACGCAUCAUCUCUCUCUCUCUUCGAAGAUGGAAAGGCUCCUGAACGGUCUUUGUCUACAUUCACAACCGCUUUAGCAUCAUUAUGGAGCUCCGUGGACCACCUAGCGAUUGUCUGGUGUGACCAGCUACGAGCUCGUAUUGCACGUUCCUUUUUGCGCGAUUAUGCGUACUUUGGCAGUGACUUUGCGCACCGCACGCGACACAGCAUCCGCGAUCAACGCCGCGAAUUUUGGCGCUUUAUGCUGGGAUUGUCGGACGACGCUGCGAGCCCCAGGACUCAGCACCUCGCGCUGGAUACCUCGAGUAGCGGACCUGCGGCCAAGGUAGCCACAACGACACGAUUUUUGGCCUCCGAUUCUCACUACUUGAAACCCCUCGUGUUUAUGGAUACGUCAGACAUCCAAGUUGAUAUACUGGAUGUCGCGAUCCCACCAGGCCCACGCCAAAAGUACGACGGCAAUAUCACGGACGCCGACGAAGCGCUGGCGUUUGAACUCAUAACGAAUUUGUCGCUUGGCCAAAUGAACGACCUAAGCUCGAAUUCACCGGGUGGCGCUGAAAUUGUUGUGCUUCUGUGCACCCACGCGGUGGCCACUCCUUUGGAAAGGUGCCAUCCGGCCCUGAUGAACGGCGCCCAACCGCUGCCCUUUUCGCCGGUGCCCGAGACCACCGUCAACACAGCGUUCCCCAAUGCCAAGAUUCAGUACGAUGCACCGAGUGCAACGCUCAUGCGCAUGCAUUUCCCGGCUGCCUUUCUGCAGAAACACGAGAUUAGCGCGGUGCGCGUGGAGUACAUCAAACAGGCCAACAGCUUACCCUCUCGCGAAGGUGUUCCCACUAUCCUGUCCUACGGCUGGACGGAAGACAAGCCAUUGAACUUACAUGGUGCCCCAGGCUGGCUGCGUUCGCGCACAUGGGCCUUGCCUGGCAUCAAUGUCACGUCUCUGAUCAGCUCAUUCGUCGAGCAUGGCCCGCUCUGGGAAUGGAACUUUCCUGACAUGGAUUCCUCCCUGCUCGCGUACACGGUGACCCUUGUCCCUGCGCCGUGUGCUCACCGCCUAGAUCCCCCGCCACCUCGUAUGGCGCCCAUGGUGCGCUUCCUCAGUGCCUCGACGGGCGAUGCCCGUAUAUUCCCUUCGCUGCAUACCCGCGCACGCAACGAUUUGCGUGUGGCAUUACACGGCACUGCACCCUUUAUGCGAGAGCCAACGCAUCGCGGCACGCGCAUGCAGCUGUGGUUACUGGACGACUACCGCCAUACGUCGUAUAACGGCACUUUUGACGUGAACUGCCCGUUGCCCUACACGCAUGUCCGUGCCUCUGUGCACUGGCGUGCGAGUAUGGCUCUUUUCGUGCUGCGAUACCGAAUGGCCCUGCUAACGUGGCCCCUGGGUAUCUUGGCUCUGGCACGUGCACUACAGCCCACUGCGCCGCCUCUGGAUGCCUUGCUUUUCCUCAUGCGUGGUCGUGGUCUGCUCAUGCUGAUACUGGGUCCACUGGCUCUGCAUGUCUGUGUAUUCUUCGGUGCCUCACUUGGUGCACCGCGACACACCCUCGGCAUUGGUAUCACGUCAAUGUCGUUUUGGUGGCUCGGUCCUAUGCUCUCGGUGCUCGCAACGAGUCUUGCACUGCUCGUGUACCUCGUCACAGAGGCCGCGAUGCACGUCUUGUACUUGGCUGUACGCCGCUUUGUGCCACGUCUUCUUCCAUCCAACUCCACGCUUGUACCUUCUUGGCCGACGCGUGACGCGUGGAUCACUUGGCUGCGACAGCGCUCAACGUGGGGCACAGGCCUCGCGCUGCUGGGCCUCUUUGUCACGCUGCCCUACCAGGUGCUCAUUUUACUUUGUGUCAUGUUACAUAUCGGAACUACGUGCCGUUCUUACAUGGUGUACCGCGAAUCGGGCGCAUUACAGUUCAGCGAGCAUGCCUGGCUCAUGCAAUUCUUGCUGUGGCUCGUGCCCUUGCAAGCGCCUAUGCUCGUCGUGUGGGUCCGCAACGUGCAUGCCGGCAUCGUCAUGGGUCUCGCCCGCAUUGAGAGCAACGUGUUGAUUGUCGCACCUCUUUUGUGGCUCAUCUACCUCGAAUGGCUCCCCUCCGUCUGGCACAGGCCAUCCACAUUUUACUUUACACAGGCUCAUUACGCUGUGUACGGCAGCAUGGCACUCUGCACGCUGAUAUAUGGCAUCCGCUACAGCUAUGCCAUUCUUGAUGCUUUCCUUGUCACUGUGGUGUUCGAGCUUGUCAACCGCAUCGUGCCCCUGUACCAGGCGCGUCCACCGCCUGAAACGAUCAGCAUGCGCGACGUGUCCAUGCUCGCGGUGCCGCCUUCGAUCACGGACUCUCUGUGGGAAGAAUACCUUGCCACGCUAGAGGCGUACCUGCACGUCCAUGCUCAGGUCGAGAACACCCUCAAAGAUGGCUUUUUCCAGCUCACUCGCGCCAAAAUGACCAUGAGCGGUACGUUUGGGCAGCGCACCGGUCGCGAUGUAUAUAACGAACACAUGUCGGCGCAAGUGCGGUUCGCUCAAGAAGACACGGAUACAGCUCCUGCAUCCUCCUCUUCCGGUCUGCGACGUCGCCACGGCCAGGAGAGUAUACCUGUUUCAUCGGGCGCCUCUCAUGAUUCGGACCCCGUGGCCCAGUUUAGCGGCCUGCCACCACCAGCUCUUCGAGCUGCUCAGCGCUCAUUCCAGCGUGCGGUCACGUUGCUUGUGGAUACAAAUACAUCACAGGCCGCCAUACACACUGUCUACCACCUCAAAAAGAAACUCGAGGCCCUUGAGAAUGAUAUCCUACAGCGCCGUAGUUGA